AGUCACUCACCAGAAACAGUUCUUCGAGCGCGGCAGCAGCAGUACGUCAUGGCGGAAAUAUAUAACGUUGCAAAUAUAACGUUCUUUUUAGCCGCGAGACAGAUUUCAAUCCUGCUGGCUGUAAUUUGAUAUAUUUCUCAGAUUACUUCGCGGUUUCUCCUAUUUAUUCUCACGUGUGCGUUGUGUCUUAGCUCUGUGCUGCUGGACAUAUAGCCGAUUUGUUGUGUGCGUGUGGGAGCUGUGUUUUUCUGGACGCUUUUUGAGAAAUGGGUGAGGAAUUCUCUGAAAAUGUGGAACAUUUUUAUUUAUUUGAAAAACGUGGAUUAAGAAUAUUGUGCUGAAAAUCUGUAAAGACUCUAAAAAGAUGAAAAUACUCGUGGUUUCGAGAAGAAUCGCCGAUCAGCUGUUGCCAAAAAGAAUCAUGGAGGUACAGGUACUCCACUGACUCAUCACUAUAUAGGUGAUGGCAACCAUUAUGACAAAUCGAGUAACAAUGAUGCCAGUUCUGGUUCUUUGGAAAGGUUUUACUUAAUUACAGAACAAAAGUGGCCGGUACCUUUGCUGCCGGUUGUUGAGGGUAUGUCUGCACGGUCUCAUCAUAGGAUUCGACAGUCCUCGGCUGGACUGGAUGAUGCUAGUAUGGAUUUACAAGUUCAUGUUGGCGCCCGUACCAGUGUUAGCUCUACUACAACAUGGCUAGAUUGGCAAUUGCUCCUACUCUGCGCCAUCGCUGGCGCCAUUCUCUUCACUUUUCUGAUUCUCUUAUGGCUGCGGAAGCAAAUGUCGCGUGAAAAGGAUACAGAAGAUGGUGAUAGACGAGGACUGGUAGAAGAGGGUGCAGUUUAUCCGGCAGAAAAGGCCAGCAAAGAAUCAAAGGAUCCCAUCGAAGCGCAGUGGGUUCACCAACCAAUUCACACACUGCCAAUACCGAAUCAGCCGAUUCAGCCAGUUGCAGAGUCCUCUGGUCUAGCAGUAUCACGACAGGUGAUGGCUCUUGCUACGCCAGAAAGAAGGCUAGAGCCAAUUCGGAUAAGGGCGAAGGGACUGUUGGAGCGACGAGGUUCCAGUGCAAGUUUGACGAUUGAAUUGACGCCAACGCCGGAAAGUCCACCACACGUGGUGACACCGACCCGCGAAUGCACCGCUGAAGAGUUCCUCCUGAGCGCUGGGAAUGUCUUGUCUCGGGCCCAGCUGAAAAGAGUCAUCGCUGAUCCUUCCUCUCUUCACAAGGAGUUUUGGGAAGUGCCCUUGAAUCUUCCCGAGAAAGUCGACGUUUGCGGAUCUGGUAUCAAGAACCGAUAUCGCUCGGUUUUGCCGAAUUCACAUUCUCGAGUUGUUCUGCCUGGCUCGGAUGACGCACUCGUCAGCUACAUCAACGCAAACUAUAUACGCGGCUAUGAUGGCGACAGUGUGCGAUACAUCGCGACACAAGGGCCCUUGGUCAACACAAUUGAAGACUUUUGGAGAAUGAUUUGGGCGGAAAGAGUUCCCACAAUUGUGAUGAUGACCCGGCUGCAGGAAGCAACCAAAACCAAGUGUGACGUUUAUUUUCCAGUCGAUGAAAAUACAAGAAUUAAUGCGGGACCCAUCGAGAUUAUGGUUUUGUCCGUGAUCAACAGGGAUGGCUACACUGUCAGGGAUUUAGAAAUCAGGCACAAUGGUGAACGACGACGUGUUCAGCAUUAUUGGUACGACUCGUGGCCUGAUCACGCUGUACCACAAGAAGCGGAUACGCUCGUUAGCCUAGCUGCGGAAAUAAAUAAUUUACCGGGACCCGUUGCAGUCCAUUGUAGUGCCGGAAUCGGAAGAACAGGGUGUUUUAUAGCUAUAGCCAAUGGAAUGACUCAGCUCAUCAGGGAUGGGAAUGUCGACAUCUUAGGGAUUUUGUGCCAAAUGAGGUACGACAGAGGUGGAAUGAUUCAAACCGCUGAGCAAUACGAGUUUGUUCAUCGGGCCUUGUGUCUCUUUGAAGAGACCCUAGACAUCAGAAAGUCAAUGUCCAAUGACUGAAAUAAAUAUGGACGAAGAAUUUGAUGAGAAAAGGAGGUGGUAGUCUCCUUCGUCAAAGUGUAAACGAAUCUUCUGCGUAAAGUGAAAGAGUCUCGAGAAAUGGACUAUUUUUUUUCGCUCGAAUCUUUGUUCUGAUGAGCUUCUAGAUCCGAGCUUCUAGAUCCGAGCUUCUAGAUCCGAGCUUCUAGAUUCUAAAUGCUCACUGAAUAAUAAUAAGCUGCCAUUACUAAACUGCCAUGACGUAUCGUUUACAAAUUAAAAUAUCAGUCGUGGCGCUCAAACGAGGGCAAGAAGGUUCAAUGGAACCGAUUUUCUGUGCUGUGCCGGGCACUGCUUUACAGAAUCAAAAAUUUUUAUUCGAACGGCAUUGACUGUAUAUUUGACUAAUUCGAUGCAGCCGAGCAUCAACCGAUAUCGGGGUGUCAACCUGACCGGGGGUUUAAAAAUUAAAUUACAAAUUUUGAAAUUAUUUCAAACGAUUUCUGUAAUUUUUUAAGGUUUCGAAGAUUUCAUGGAAUUUUAUAGUU